AUGACCGUCGAUACUGGCUCUGAAAGAAACAUUGUAGGUUACCAAACCUACAUGGGCUUGUUUUGUCGAUAUCCAUUGAAACCUACAAGUAAGCAGUUCAAAGCAUACGGUGGUAGCUCUCUGAACUGUAAAGGUUAUUUCAACGUCUGUUUUGAUUGGGAGGGUCUCUGCAUAAAUGACCGUGUCUACGUCAUGGAGGGUACGCUUGAACCCCUCCUAGGGAGAAAAACGACAUUCGACCUGAAGAUUCUCACGCCUACCGAGAACGUCAACAAGGUUAACGCCAACGCUGAAGGUGAUCCAUACUCCAAGCUGCUCGACGAAUUCAAAGAUGUAUUCGAAGGAAACGGGCAUAUUCGUGAUUUCGUACACAAGGUUACGAGUGAUCCCAAUGUAGAGCCAGUUGUUCAGCGCUUACGCCGUAAACCAUAA